CAGUGCAUGAAUGACCACCCUCGGCCUUAUCAGCGAUCACAGAGAUUGGGCCCACCGGCAGCCGGCAGGGGUGGAGCUUGUGGCAGACGGCGGGCGAGGCGGCAGCGAGGACGACAGGACAGACUGGCUGGCAAGCGGCUGAGACAGAGCGACUGAGCAAGAUGGACUGGUCCAAGGUUGCUAUGGGACUAUGGUGGGUGGUGCUGACAUUCUACUACUGCCUCGAGUCGCUGGUCAUGCUCGUUGUGCCCAGCAAGUACCGCAGGAAGGACGUGCGGGGCUCCGUGGUGCUGGUGACGGGCGGCGGGUCGGGCAUCGGGCGACUCAUGUGCCUCAAGUUUGCCGCGAGGGGAGCGCUCGUGGUCACCUGGGACGUGUCGGAAACAGACAACCGGGAGACAGCCAGACUGGUGCAGGGCGCUGGGGGUCAGUGCCGCGCCUACACCGUUGACCUUUGCGACCGCCACGCCGUGUACGCCGUCGCCACCAAGGUCAAGCAGGAGGUCGGCAAGGUGGACAUCCUAAUCAACAACGCGGGCAUCGUCACGGGCAAACCUCUCAUGCACUGCCCAGACUCCAGCAUCAUCAGGACCUUCGAAGUGAACACCCUCGCGCACUUCUGGACCACUAAAGCCUUCCUCGGGGACAUGAUGGUACGUAACAAGGGCCAUAUCGUUACCGUGGCCUCCAUCCUCGGUAAGACGCCAGUUAACAACCUGGUGGACUACUGCUCCUCCAAGUACGCGGCCGUGGGCUUCGAUGAGUCCCUGAGGAUUGAGUUAAAGGCGCUGGGCAAGUCGGGAAUUAAAACGACGGUCGUGUGUCCCGGGCUUAUCAACACGGGGAUGUUUGACGGCAUCGCAAACACGCCAUCGGUGGAGCCUGAUCAUGUGGCCGAAGAAGUAGUGAACGCCGUUGAGCUGAACGUGACUGUGCUCUACGUUCCUUACCUAGCCAAGAUUCACCUGAUCUUAAAAACCAUCCUCCCGGAGAAGUCCUUCUAUAAGAUGCUGGAGUUGCUGGGAGCCACAAGAGCCAUGGACAGCUUCGUCGGGAGGCACAAGACGAACUAGGAGCCAGGCUGGAUUAGAGAGAGAGAGAGAGAGAGAGAGAGAGAGAGAGAGAGAGAGAGAGAGAGAGAGAGAGAGAGAGAGAGAGAGAGAGAGAGAGAGAGAGAGAGAGAGAGAGAGAGAGAGAGAGAGAGAGAGAGAGAGAGAGAGAGAGAGAGAGAGAGAGAGAGAGAGUAUGAUAGCGUAUUCAAAGUGUAGAUAAAGUAGAUUGGAAUUAUCUUCAGUGUGUGUGUGAGAGAGAGAGAGAGAGAGAGAGAGAGAGAGAGAGAGAGAGAGAGAGAGAGAGAGAGAGAGAGAGAGAGAGAGAGAGAGAGAGAGAGAGAGAGAGAGAGAGAGAGAGAGAGAGAGAGAGAGAGAGAGAGAGAGAGAGAGAGAGAGAGAGAGAGAGAGAGAGAGAGAGAGAGAGAGAGAGAGAGAGAGAGAGAGAGAGAGCACAAUGUCUACUCCUAUAUAGUCUAAUCUCUAUGUAGUUUCCGUAGAUAGACAUGUAUUGCACCUGUACCGUUCUUACCUGAGUGAAUGCUAAUUAAACUUACUAACAACA